AUGCGACCCGGUCAUACGUGGUCAGGUUAUACGUGGUUAGGUUAUACGUGGUCAGGUUAUACGUGGUCAGGUUAUACGUGGUCAGGUUAUACGUGGUCAGGUUAUACGUGGUCAGGUUAUACGUGGUCAGGUUAUACGUGGUCAGGUUAUACGUGGUCAGGUUAUACGUGGUCAGGUUAUACGUGGUCAGGUUAAACGUGGUCAGGUUAUACGUGGUCAGGUUAUACGUGGUCAGGUUAUACGUGGUCAGGUUAUACGUGGUCAGGUUAUACGUGGUUAGGUUAUACGUGGUCAGGUUAUACGUGGUCAGGUUAUACGUGGUCAGGUUAAACAUGGUCAGGUUAUACGUGGUCAGGUUAUACCUGGUCAGGUUAUACCUGGUCAGGUUAUACGUGGUCAGGUUAUACGUGGUCAGGUUAUACGUGGUCAGGUUAUACGUGGUCAGGUUAUACGUGGUUAGGUUAUACGUGGUCAGGUUAUACGUGGUCAGGUUAUACGUGGUCAGGUUAAACAUGGUCAGGUUAUACGUGGUCAGGUUAUACCUGGUCAGGUUAUACCUGGUCAGGUUAUACGUGGUCAGGUUAUACGUGGUCAGGUUAUACGUGGUCAGGUUAUACGUGGUCAGGUUAUACGUGGUCAGGUUAUACGUGGUCAGGUUAUACGUGGUCAGGUUAUACGUGGUCAGGUUAUACGUGGUCAGGUUAUACGUGGUCAGGUUAUACGUGGUCAGGUUAUACUUGGUCACGUUAUACGUGGUCAGGUUAUACGUGGUCAGGUUAUACGUGGUCAGGUUAUACGUGGUCAGGUUAUACCUGGUCAGGUUAUACGUGGUCAGGUUAUACCUGGUCAGGUUAUACGUGGUCAGGUUAUACCUGGUCAGGUUAUACGUGUUUUGCAAAGUUCCCUCUUCCUUCUUACACCCUUUCCCACCCUGCUCCCAUAGUUAAACGUAGCUUUGCUCUCGUCUGUGACGCAUACAAGCUGACAGAUAUUUGA